UAUUAAAUCCGGAAGCAGGUACGCGAAAAAUAUGCGACAGAGGUCAAAAGUCAUUAAACAAACUUCAGUAGAUUGAGUAAGACAUCCUCCUCCCAUGAUAAUCAGAUUUGGUUGAUAAAAAGGUAGCAAAGUUUCUAUCGUGCCAGCAAUGACAACUAGAUGAAUUCCAACUCACCCCAAAUGGACCGUUGUCUGAAACCUACUUAUAACUGCCUGAUUUGAGAAUGCCCCCAGUUCUAAAAGUACAAAUUACCAGAAUCGACACAGUUAUUGUUGGUAUACGUUAUUAUGAUGGAAAGGACUAUCUGCCUGGCCCUUUGCAAUUUGAUCGAAACCCACGGAAUGAAUUCGAUGGAAAUGCCAUAGAAGUCAGUACUAUAUAUGAUGGAGUUAUACAUAUGGUUGGCCAUAUUCGAAAAGAAUUGGCAGCUGUAUUGGCAGAUUUCAUGGACAUGGAGGAAAUUGACAUCCAUGGACUUAUCUCUGCAUCGGAGAUUCGGCAAUUUCAAUAUGCAAUACCGAUAUACCUGGACAUAUGGACAUCCAGUGGAAAUAGUAAUUUAAAGAGAAUGUUGAUUAAAACUUUACACGAUCAUCAACAUUAUACACUGGAUUAUCAUGCAACACCCUUCAUGCCGGUGGUAUUCGUCAAUUCGACGGAAUGUUUGGAAGCAUUCAAGCUGUUUAAUGUUGAUUGCAAAGAGAUUAAAAAAGGAAGAAAGAAAAAAAGUGAAGUAACAGAAAAGCAGCUAGUGGCAGUGAGUGGUUGCAUUGGAAAACAGUAUCAACUUCUGGGUAUCAACCUAGGAUUGACAUCAGUGGAAAUAGAACAUGUCCAGAUGAACACUCAUAAGUACUCCUCAGUUCAAUGUACCAUCUUUAACAUGCUGGUGAGGUGGAAGAAAAAAAUAGGACAGAAAGCGACACUGUCCAAGUUUAUCAAAGCUUGUAAAGAGACGGGUGAUGUAGAUAUCCAGGAAGUAAAAAAAAUGUUUCCGAAGAAAGUAAAUGGCUGUGAUAUGACAUUGAUAAAUGUAGAUGUUGGGAAUGCAUUCAGAGAGUGGGGUGUUGCAUAGCGAGUCUAUUCUCCAUUUUGUUAUUUUCAAGAAAUGAUUGCAACAUGUACAAAUUAUCUUAUUCAAGUGAUGACAUCAAUGUAAUUGCAUUGUGUAUAGGUGAUGUUUUGUAUGAUCAUGCACAAGUAUACGUUCGGAACAUCGCUAGGCCUUUGGCAUUUCUUCUCGAUCGGCGGGAAAAGGCCGAUCGAUGUUCCGAUUUCUCUGAAGCUUAAUGAUGCGACAUUUUCUGGGGUAUCACGUCACCGUCAACACGUGUGUGUGUGUGUGUGUGUGUGUGUGUGUGUGUGUGUGUGUGUGACGGAUUACAUAUGUUUAUUGGAUUCAACAUUUUUCAUAAAAUCCUUCAGGGGAAAAAAAUGCUCUGUAUGGUCUGAUGCUCUCAAUAAAAACUAUUAAUAGUAUGGAAUAUAAUGGGAUACAUUUUCACAAUGCAGCGCGAGUUAUUUCCCCCUUAAUAGGGGGGGGGGGGUACAACACGUUGUGGUUCUUAAUACGGGUAUCGGAACUAAAAUGAUUGGAACUUUUCAUAAAAGAAGUUACGAAAAUGUCGCGUCACCUGGGCAGAUUUGUUUACAAUAUGAGCGUUUUGCGACAGAAGUUUCUUUCAGAGUUUAAUUUCUUUCAGAACUGGGCUUAAACACUUUGGAGUUUUGAAAACAUAAGCUAUUAAAGUUAGAUAUAGAAGCGUUCAAUAAAUUUGCUAUCAAAAUGCUAUUUGAAUACCGAAUCGUCUAGUUGAACUAGGGGACUGUUGAUGGUGGUUAUGUAUCCCCAACUCGAUUCUCAAAUCGGGAUACUUAUCAAGUUUCUUUGACUUUCAAAAGUCAUUGAUGCAACCAAUGGCGAUGAAAUAUUAGUUUGCAACCCUAUUUGUGCUCAGUAUGCUGUUUUUACAGCUGUUUUUACAAAUGCACUCCCACUUCACAACCCCCUAAAGUUCCCACGUUUUCGCAGAUAACAAGAUCUCGUUUGGCAUACUAAGCAUUAAAACCGUGCCAGAAAUGGAGACGAAAUGUUAGUUCCGAUAUUCUGUUUUCACAGCUUCAAUAUAAGAAAUAGAUAGAAAGUUUGCUUCAACAUAUUGUAAUUAAGUGGCAGUUAAGAAUUUUGCUACGAAUUAAUUGUAAUUAAGUGGCAGUUAAGAAUUUUACCACGAAUAAAUUGUAAUGAAUGAAAAAAGAAUGUGACUGUACAAUAAUUCAAUCUCUAAUUAAUGAAAAAGAAUGUGACUACAAUAAUUCAAUCACUGAUUAUGUCUGUUGUGUGAUAUUUUCUUAGGCACUGUUGGAUGUUGGAUCAUGAUGUUACAAAGUAUGCUAGUAUUAGUCCUCGACUCAUUCAAAUCAGGAUCAAGAUGUCUUUAGUAUAUCACCAUCCUUCAUUAUUAACACAAUUUGAUAUGCCAGAAAUUACACGUGCAAUCAACGCAUGUACAUUACUAACUUGUUAUUGUUUCACACUAUGGGAAAUGAACGGAACAUGCUAAUUACAUGUACAUUUGUACCGAAUUCGUAUGAAAGGCGAAGAUAACGAACAGUGAUCAACGUCAUAACUCCUACAAGGAAUACAAAAUAGAGAGUUGGGCAAACACGGACCCCUGGAUAUACCAGAGGUGGGAUCAGAUGCAUAGGUGGAGUAAAGAACUUCCGUCAACCGGUCACAUCGGUCGUAAGCCCUAUAUACUGAUCAGGUAAACAGAAUAAUCGUUAGCGGUGUGCAAAGAACGGCCUAACAAUUAGUAUAGAACAUUUCAGACAGCAUUUGACCCAAUGCUAGGUUAUAUUGGCAAACUAGAUCAUUAUAGCCAACAUAUUAUUUGCGAAAUGCUGACUUUAAACGAGAGUUUUUAAACCUCUGUAACAUUAACUUGUUUGUCAGUAGCCUUCCUUGGUUUAUAACUGAUCAUACACAGAGCAUGCCCUUGCGUAUCGAAUCACUUGAAAGUUAUAAGCCCUAUAUGCAGUUAAUAAAGAAAAUUGCUGCAUGAAUUUGGGAAGAUGACAAUGGUGAAACUGAAAUAAUCCCGUUUGUAAUAAAGUUGUGUUGUUA